CAUGGCCGGUCUGCUGCUGUUCGCGAUUUGUGCGUCGCUGCUGUCCAGUGCUGUCCUGGCCCAGGACCUGGACGGAGUGCACCACUUCAUCGAUGACCCAGACAUCCUGGAGGGUGACGGCCAAGGUCCUGAUGUCCUCGGUCCUCCAGACAAUGACGUGGAGAGGGCGUCCUUUGUCCAGUGGAUCCUGGCGCUCCUGGGGUACCAGCCCUCCAAACCUCCCUCGCAACCGCUGCCGCAGCCAAUAGAUCCCGCAAAAUGCACGCCUUGCAAAUGCGGGUUAACCAACAAACAGACGAGGAUUGUCGGGGGUCACGUGACCUAUGUUAACCAAUACCCGUGGAUGGCGCUGCUGAUGUACAGAGGGAGGUUUUACUGUGGUGCGACCCUUCUCAACUCCAAGUAUGUCUUGACAGCGUCUCACUGUGUCCAUGGGUUCAGCGAAGACAAAAUAUCCGUGAGGAUAUAUGAACAUGACCGAGACACAAACAAUGAGACUGUGCACCUGGACAGGAAGGUUGAAAGGAUUGUAGGUCACAGUGGCUACAGCGAGUACUCCUUUAACAACGACAUCGCACUGAUCGCACUGGACGAAGAGGUUCCUAUAGAGGGUCCUCUGAGACCGGUGUGUCUUCCACCUCCUAAGAAGAGCUUCACGGGGGACACAGGCAUUGUGACGGGUUGGGGGGUGAAGAAGGCCGGGGGUGCGACCUCGGCGACCCUACAGGAGGUUCAAGUCCCCAUCAUGAGCAACAAGGCGUGCAAGAACUCGUCCUACGGCGCCUCCAGGAUCACGGACAACAUGAUGUGUGCCGGGUACCCGGAGGGCAAAAAGGACUCAUGUCAGGGAGACAGUGGUGGUCCUCUUCAUGUCGUGCUCAACCAAGAAGUUCACCAUGUCGUGGGGGUAGUUUCAUGGGGUGAAGGAUGUGCUCAGGCAGAUCACCCCGGAGUCUACACAAGGGUGAACCGCUACCUUACAUGGAUAGAGAAGAACACCAGGGACUCGUGCUACUGUCAGCCCUUCGAACACUUGCAGCCCGCCCCCGAGUCACCGCCUCCCGCCACCCCCACCCCCACAGCUGCACCCUCGCCUGCCCCCGUCACUGAGGAGGUGUCCGAGAACAAGAACUGACCUGCUACAUAAUACGCUGUGAUAAAAAGCCUUACUUUAUAAACAUGUCUCUUGACGUGAUGAAAUAUUGAUUAUUUCAUUAUUGAAUUUCGGGGAAGCCAUAUUUGUCAAUUAAAGUGUUUGAUAAAUGUGUCAUUGAUUAAUUUAUGUAUUUUAGGGAUUUUAUAUUCCUAAUUUAAUGCGUGUGGUAAAUCAUCAUCACUAGUGUUUAUUGUUGCGUUUGAAAAUUGUUUUUGGGCAUUCAUUGUUUUUGAGAAAUAUUAAUUGUGUUAGUUUUUGCUUAAAGUGUUGGAGUUACAAUUAUUCUUGCUUAACAUUAUUUAAAACAACUUUUUUCAUCCAAUGGUUUAAAAAAAUAUAUUUUGU